CCUCUACCACAAAAUGGCCAAAGGGCCACCUCUUGCUCUCACACUCUAAGAAUUAAUUCUUAUUCUCUUCAGUUUCUUGGUUUUAAUUUGCUCCUCUAUUUUUAACAAUAGAGAAUCCGACGGCUGCAGUGCUGUGGCGAUUGGAGAGCGCCGCCCGAAACAUCCCGAUUAACCGCAACUGGAACGGACCAUGAAAACUACCAAUCUCGGACUGUACGCUUUCCGUUUAACCUUCGGUCAGGCGCCUCCGCUGUCCGCACAGUCCACGACGCACCUUAGCCAUGGCUUUACCACCAGCUCAUCGGCGCCAAACCGUGUGGUGACCCGCUCGGCCACCAUGCUGGCACUCUUCGGCAUCGCUCUGUCCUCGUUCAGCCUGAAGCAGCUGCUGGCCAAGAAGCAGAAGCACCAGGGAUUGCGGAAGCUCUAGGAGCAAAUAACUAGCCAAGAAACGGAAUGAAGAAGUGGGGGGAGCCAUGCGCCAUGUCCUGAGCCCGCGCACAUUCACUUAAGUUCAUCAUCAUGUUCAUGUUGUAUAUUUUCCUAAGUUAAGUCAUCUACUACACUCACUCACUCAGCACAGACGGCCGGAGCUCAGGCAUGGGGGCCAGGAUUAUUUUAUACCCAUAAAGGAGAUGUAUAUUUUCUUGUUUACACAUGCAGAGCCAACUAAAAGGAAUACAUUUGUGAUAAAAACAAAAAAGAAACGCGUAUGAGUUUAGCCAAGAAACUAGCAAACUAAACAAAAGGGAAAAAAAGAGUAGAAGAAGCGCUAAAUUAAAGGAAAUCCGAAAUUAUCGUUACCGCCGCUUUUUAGUUAUAAAUAUUUUAUGUGUAAACAAGUCCAUCAUAUACGUAUAUUUAUUUACAAAUUGUCAGCAGAUCAGAGAAACGACCUAGUUAGAAGGGAUAGAAACUAUAGUGACAUCGCUGGAUGGCAGACAGGGAGCAGGCUGCAACAGUAUCCACGAAACCAACUAGUUGUAGUUCCUAAUUCUAAUAAAUGCAUUAUAUUCAAUUGGA